UAAUCCUUUAACGGAAUGGAAAUUCAAGAUCUUCACCUUCAGGAGACUUCCUACCGAUAAUAAUAAGUUGAAACACUACUCACGAUGAAAACCGUAAAUGUUUUAUGGGGAAGUAGCUCUAGCCAGGAAUCCGGAAUAAACCCUGAUGAGGAACUGACGAUCUUACCGUUCGCCGAAGAGACAGACUUCUGUCAGGUGGUUGAUGACGAGGCAUCCAGAAAACGUAUAAAGAAACCGCUAGUCUUUGCAGAUCUCCUUGAUGAAGAUGAAGUUGAGAGAAAAGUUUUGCUGUCAAAACCAACAUGUUUCUUAAUUGUGGGAAAACCAUCUGUUGGGAAAAAAACUUUAGGUAAAAACUUAGCACAGGCAUGGAACUCGAUAUUAGUUGAACCUCACCAACUUGUACAAGAAAGCAUUGAUGCAAACACAGAAAUUGGGAAACAGUUUCAGGAGUGCCUAUUUAGGGGUGAGAGCAUUUAUGAGGAACUGAUAAUAAACUUGAUGUUGGACAAACUCCGCUCUCCAGAGGUUGCUCAUAGAGGUUAUGUUUUAUGUGAUCUUCCUUGCCUUUCCGAGAACUACUUGAAGAUUCCAGAACAAAUACAACUCAUAAAGAGUAUAGAUCUAAAACCUGACUUUAUCAUUAAUAUCAAGUGUCCCGAUUAUGACUUGUGUGAACGAGUAUCUGGACAACGUCAAGAUCCUCUCACGGGAAAAGUAUACCAGCAAGAACAGUGGAACCCAGACAAAGGAGCUGUAGAUAAAGCCAAAGCAAAACCUGAGGAAGAAGAGACUGAAGAAGAGGAGGAAGCAGUUGAGGAGCUUGAAGAAGCUGAGGUUUCAGAUGUUGACCCAGGCCUUGUUGCACGUUUAGUGAGAAGACCUGAAGAUCUUCGGACAACUAUUGAGAAACACGUUGCCCUAUAUAAAGACAAAAUGUUGAGGCUUUUAGAGGAUUAUAUGGCUGAUCAUGAUCGACAAAAUAUGAUAGAAUUGGAUGGAAAUAACAAGCCACAUGAAUUGUUUGCGUCAGUGAUGUACAAGUUGGAAUUCCUGGGUCUACAACCUGCAGCUCUAGUACAACCUCUAUAUGAAGAAGAGGAAGAAGAAAUUCCAGAAGAAAUUGAUGAUGAUGAUCUGUUCCGAUCUGUUGCAGCAAUGAAACGUGUAGCACCUGGAUAUCGUUGGCGUAGGAGCAAGUGGGGUCGAGCGUGUCCUGUUUCCUUAUUUGAGGGCAACUACAUUUUGGGCAAAUUGCAGUUUGCUGUUGGCUAUCUGGACAAAAUGUAUUUCCUUUCAUCCGAGGAAACUUUGAAGAAGUUUAUCACAAAUCCUCGACCAUACCUUCUCCCUCCACAGCCUCGUCCACCUUGUAAAGUUGCAAUAUUGGGUCCAAAAUCUGCAGGAAAGACCACUCUCUGCAAAUUGCUUGCACAGAAAUAUGAUGCAAAGGUUCUAGACAUGUUUGAGCUUUUGGAGCCACUACGACAGAAAUUGAAGUUUGACCAUAUUGAACAAAUUCGGGCAGAAGCACUGCAAUCAGCACUCGCUACUGUUAGAGAGAAUCUGGCAAAAACAAUGUUAGAAGAAGCUCAAGCUGAAUUUGAACGGCAAGCAGCUCAGGCAGUUAAAUUAGAGAGCGUAACCAUAGCUGAAGAAGAUGAGGAGAGUGGUGAUGAAUCAAAAGAUACUGAUGCAGUAAAAUAUAAAGUACAGUCCUCUGAUGAUGUAUCGAAAGUACCUUUUGACAUUGAAGCUGUAAAACAACAAUUGAAAAUUCCAGAGGUAACUGAGGACCACCCAGAUGUAAAAGAAGUUGUGAAUAAGGCUGUUCAGAAUGCAAUGCAAGAUGAUUUGCAACUACCAAUGAAUGACUACAUGGAUACAUUGUUAAAAUCUAUUUCAGAGAUUUUGGAAGAACAGAAAGUGAAGAAUCCUGAUCAUCUUGUGGCUGGGGGUUGGGUACUGGACAAUUUCCCAGAAACAUUGGAUCAAUGUAGAGUAAUGAUAGAGCUAGGUUUUGCUCCUGAUAAUAUAUUCAUGCUACAUAAUGCUGUGGAUGCUGGAAAAUUCUUGCUGAAUAGAUUGUAUAAUUUAAAUAAAGAUCUGAUUGAAAUCAAGAUGAUCUAUAGACUGAAAGAGGCGGAAGAGAAAAAUAAACGUGACAGAGAAGCAACGUUAGCAGCUGGAGCAGAGAAUCCACAAACAGAGGUAAAAGGAGAAAAUGAAGCUGAUGAGGAAAUGAAGGAGCUGGCUCAAUCUAAAUCAGACAUUGAGAUUUCUGAAGCACAAACCUCUGCAGAAACAGAUCAAACUGCAUCUGAUCAACAAACUACAAUUAAGCCAGAGCCUGCAAUAGAGUUGGAACACUCGUCUGUACCUGAAACUCAAAUAGAACCUGAACCUGAAAUCACAUUACCUGUGGUUCCUGAGGGAGGUUAUCCAGAAAGUCCCGAAAUGGAUCAUUAUCGCAAGAUUGUCUCUGAUUAUAUGCAUAGCUUCAGUGCAAUUGAAGUAGUGCUUAGCACAACUGUAUAUAAAAUGUUGGAGAUUGCGGAGAAAACUCCAGAUGCUCUUUUAACAGAAGCUGUUGAAAUUAUGGAAAAACCCUUCAAGUACUAUGGCUGGGAAUUAUCCGGUGCAGACCUUGAUGAAGAAGAAGAAGAUGCUGAAGUAUUCACAGAAGAAGCAGAAGAGGAAGCUGAAGAAGAAGAGGAGGAGAAUGAAGAAGAGGAAGAAGAAAAUGAAGAUUUGGCCCAACGAAAGAACAGACAGAUGGGUGAAAGUAAACAUUAUUGUCCUGUGGCCUUAAAAGAAAAAACAGUCCUUUAUCCAGGUGAUCAAGAUUGUGGUGCUAAAUAUCGAGAAAAAUAUUAUUAUUUUUCUCAUCCAACUGCUAGAGAUGAGUUUUUAAAGAAUCCAGAAGAAUAUAUAAAUGCAAAUGAGCCUCUAAAGCCACCUCCACUGAGAUUAUUCGUGUUUGGGGCCAAAGGAUCGGGUAAAACAAUCAAUAGCAGAUGGUUGGCAAACAAAUUCAACAUCUUUCACAUUCAGUUCGUUGAGUGUCUUCAGGAGCUACUUUUUCCUAAAACUAAGAAAAAGAUUGGGCCUGAAUAUAAUGAUGAACCAACAGAAGAAGAACUAGUUGAAAUAGCAACCAUUGCAGCACUUGAAAAGGGUGAACCAGCUGAAAAUAUUGAGAUUGAAAAUGAAAAACCAGAGCGAAAUACUGCACCUGCUGGAAAACACAGUCACAGGGGCAUGGAAGAAGAAGUGGAGUAUACUGCAGAAGAAGAAGCAAUGAAAGCAUACCUACUUGAAGAUGAACAACUGCCAUCAGAAAUCCUUGAUAACCUUAUUCCAAAGUGGUGGAAUGAAGAACCAUUCAAAUCUACAGGGUUUGUUCUAGAUGGGUUUCCCACUACAUCAGAGGAAGUUCAGUACCUGAUAAAAAAUAGUUUGUUCCCAGAUGCAAGCAUUUUCAUUAAGGUUGAAGAGAGUAAUGUGAUAAAUUGGAUCCUUCCUUCAAAACUUGAAAAAUGGAGAGAAAAACGCAGACAAAAGCUCAAACGCAAGAAUAAAAUAAAAGAAUUAAAGAAAAAAAUAAAGGAUGAAAAAAUUGAAAAACGAAGGCAGGAACUUUUGGCAGAGCGAGCUGAAAAAAAGAAAGAAAAUGAGGCGUAUACAUUUGAACAAGCCUCAAAUGAAAGUGAGGCUACUGACGAAGAAGAUGAGGAAAACAUUGAGGAAAUAUUAGCAGAUGAGUUUAGCGUGGGGGAGGAAGAGGAAGAUGAAGAGGAUGAAGAAGAGGAGGAUGCUAUUGAACGAAUGAAAACUGAAAUUGGAGAAAAAUAUGAGGCAGAUCAUGACAGAAUAGAGAUACUUCGGGACCAACUCAGAGAGAGUUUAAUACCAUGCAUUGUAAUAGAUGGAAAACGCAAACCUCACAUUGUCCGCUACAAGCUGAAUCAGAAAGUGGAACCACUUGUGCUAAAUCGUGAUAGCCUGUUUGAAAAAUGUUUCCCAGUGAAUAUAAGACUGGUUCACAAGAUAUUGGCAAAUUCUUAUAAACUUUUGAGUAGUUUUGGCCUCUGGGAUGUUGUUGAGUUAAGCAAAGGAACUUCAAUUCAACCAAUCCUUGAUAUGCACCAAAAUGUCUUCCCUGUUAUCCACCGCAAGUACGUGUAUUACUUUGUUACCAAGGAGAACAGAAACAAAUUCAUGGCAAAUCCUUUCAAGUAUAUUUCCCAGACUAAACCUCGGCCUGUUAUACCCAUCAAGAUUGCCAUUUUAGGACCACCAAAAUCUGGGAAAAGUACAGUGGCUAGGAGAUUUGUCAGUGAGUUUGGAGUUCUACGCAUUUCAGCAGGAGAAGCUGUUCGCACCAUUCUGGCCACUCAGAAGAAAACCGAGCUGGCUAUUCACAUUUUGAAACAUCUGCAAAAAGGAUUGGUAGUACCAGAUGAAUUUGUUAUAAAAUGUAUUGAACUCAAGCUAAUGGAUGUCAUAUGCAACACAAGAGGAUUUGUCCUAGAUGGCUAUCCAGUGACCAGACAGCAAAUAAAUCUCAUGAAUAAUUGUAAAAUAAUACCUGUUAAAAUUAUAGAACUGCAAGCAGAUAUAAAAGAGAUUUUGAAAAGAGGUCUCAUUGACAACAAGUCACCAGACAGGACCUAUCCACUCCAUGACAGUUCUCAAAUUCUGACUGUUCGAAACUCAUCAUAUACCCAUGAGAUUAGUGCUAUCUGGAAAUAUUAUCAAGUGGAGCAUCAAAACUGGCACAUUAUUUAUGCACUGCAUAGCAAAUGGUGGGUGUGGGAAAAAGUCCUAGAAAUUGUUAAAAGCAGUGUGAAACAGAUUGAACUAUAUCUAGAAAGAAUACAAGAAGGUAAAGCUGCCUCUAUUAUUGGUCUGUGUAUCACCCCCAAGGAACUAAAGUCUCGAUUUGGAGCAUUUCAGCAAUAUUGCCCUGUUAGCCUUCAGUUGCAUGGAGAACUCGUAGACUGUUCUAUUGAUCCAUCAUUAGAAUUUGCAGCAGAAUUCCGAGGAUAUUACUAUAAAAUGGCAUCAAAGGAGGCUCUGGAUAUGUUCUUGGACAGUCCAGAGGCAUUUGUACCUCCAAUAGCUUCUAAAUCUCUUCCAACAUCUGAAAUGCUACCCAAAAGGCUUACUGCAGCUGGAGUAAAAGCCAGAUUUCCUAAACAGGCAGAAUUUAUGGGCUACUGUCCAGUCACAUUUGUGGAUGGAAAACUGAGAUAUGAAGCAUUGGUCCCUGGAGUCAUUGAUAAUGCUGCUGAAUACAGAAACAGAAUAUACUUUUUUCAGGAUGAGGAACAACUUGAAAAGUUUAUGCGACUUCCUGACAAAUACUGGGAUCUAACACUCCCAAAUAAACUUCCACCAGUAAAGGAUCCAGUUCUUCCCACUUCACUUCCAAUGCUUGGAUACAUGGAACAAGGUGCAGCAUUAUCAAUAAUCAAAGCAUUGACGGCUGUAGGUUGCCUGAAACCAAAAUAUCCCUUCUUGAGUGUGAAGAAAUCUGCACUGCUCUACAUUUUUUAUCAUCUGAAAGCAUACAAUCCAAACAGCUUUGACUAUGUGAGAAAGAAAUACAGAAAGAAGCUGGAGCAGUAUGAGGAACAUUGUGAACUUAUCCGUUACCUCGGAUCAAAGAUGACCAGAAAGUACAAGGAGCCCAAAGAUAGACCUAUUGACUUUGAUCACAAGUUACAAAAGUUUCUAUCACUCAAAAACUUGGAUCCUACAGUAACUGGAGUUCCUUAA